AAAAAGUCAAAACAUGUUUCUGUGACGUUUGUUUUUUUCCAUUGUUAGGAUAUCUAAAUCAGAAAGUUGAAAAUGAAAUGUUCCCCAUCUUCUUAUUUCACAAUAAAUUGAAUAUCUCAACAUUGAAAUGGCCUAUUCACCAACUGUGGAACUCGCAAAGCAAUUGGGUGCUAUCAAGGUAGUUGAUGUGAGCAGAGAAAAUGAAACAAAGAGAGUUGCACAAUACUUCGAUUAUUUACUGGUGUUGGACUUCGAGGCGACCUGCUGGUGUUUUCCAAAUGGCAAAGGAAGGAAAAAUGAGGUCAUCGAAUUCUCUGUUGUUCUUUAUGAUGUUAAUGAGGGCAGGAUCAUUGAUGAAUUCCAGCAGUACGUUCAGCCAACCGAAUUCCCAAUACUCAGUGAAUUCUGUACAGAAUUAACUGGAAUAACUCAAAAACAAGUUGAUGAAGGUGUUCCAAUUGGGACAUGCUUGAUGUUGUUUACAAGAUGGAUCAACAAUCAUCAAAAGAAUCUGAACAUAUCAUUUCCUUGUGACAUGGUAUUGCCAGGAAAGAAGAAAUGUGUGUUUGUAACUUGGAGUGAUUGGGAUCUUGGUGUAUGCUUACCGAAAGAAUGCAGAAGGAAGAACAUUUAUAAGCAAGAGUUCUUCGGAAAGUGGGUAGAUUUGAGGGAAAUUUACAUGGAGCAUUAUUACAGAAGACCAAAGGGAUUGCUGGGUGCUCUUGAGGAGGUAGGACUUGAAUUCAUUGGAAAACAACACAGUGGUCUAGACGACGCCAAGAAUACGGCUUACUUAGUCAGGAAACUAAUAGAAGAUGGAGCAUUGUUGAGGAUCUCCAGAAUGAAUAAGAAAAAGAGAUGAUUUUCUGGACAUGGCACUAAUGGAUUAAUAUUUAUUAACUCAGGAUACGGGGGGGAACUAGAAUAGAAGAUAUGGAGAUUUUGAAAUUUUUUAUCCAAGAUGUGUUGAGAUAGUGCUGUUUACAAAAUUUAUGUCAAGUUAUGUUCUUUUCAGUCAUUCUGAUUUUAAAGUUUUUCAAAUGUUGAAUAAACUUGUGGUUUUUCACGAUGAUU